AUGGCUGAUGACCAUAAAGCCAAUACUGUGGAAGCGCCACCAGAAAGCAAUGGGUCUAAUAGGAAAGGAAGUUUGGUCCCAAAGCCAAUAGAUCUUGAUUAUGUGCUGACCAAUGAGCUGGGACAGUUUGGAUGGUUCCAGCUUCGGAACAUUCUCCUCGUUGCGAUCCCGAUCAUAAUGUCUGCUUUUAUGAGCGAGUACAUCUUCUCCGCAGCUGCCAUUCCACACAGAUGUCGCAUCCCAGAAUGUGGAGAAGAUGGAAAAUCCCACAAAUAUGAACCUGAAUGGAUCUUGGGAGCCGUCCCGGAGACUUCUUCAGGAUUUGCAAGUUGUGAGAGGUUCACUCCUCGAAAUGUUGGAAGCAACGGCACAUUGGACUAUUGUCCGCUCACGUUGUUUGAUCAGUCUACCACUACUGGAUGUGAAGGAUUCGUUUAUGAUAGAGACAAUACUGUGGUAUACGAUUUCGAUCUGGGAUGUCAAGAUUGGCUUCGUGCGUUCGCUGGCACUUUAAACAGCAUUGGGACAUUGCUGGUGUUACCCAUCACUGGCUACGUGUCCGACCGUUUCGGUCGACGUUUCGCCCUCAUUAUCAGCGUCUUUAACUUGGCUCUAUUUGGUCUCAUCCGAGCGUUUUCAGUUAAUUACACCAUGUAUAUGAUUCUCCAGCUACUACAAACCACAUUUGGAGCAGGCACAUUUAGCUCUUCUUAUAUUUUUGCUGCGGAACUUGUUGGGCCAAAGUACCGUGUCAUAACCAGUGCCACAUCAUCCUCAAUGUUCGCGGUGGGACAGGUGAUCCUUGGCGGCGUGGCCUGGCUCAUAACGGACUGGCGGUACAUGAUCAUGGCACUGCAUAUCCCUUGCUUUCUCAUAAUCGCGUAUUACUGGAUACUCUCUGAAAGUGUAAGGUGGCUAUUGUCGAAGAAAAGAUAUCCAGAAGCACAAAAAGUCUUGGAAACUGUUGCGAAAGUUAACAAAACGUAUAUCAGUGAAAAAUCCUUAGAGGCUUUAAUGAAUCCUCCGGAACCUGUGUCUGCAGCUGAGAAACCAGGAUUGUUUCGCACUAUUAUAAGCUCCCCCGUUUUGCUUAGAAGAGUGUGCACGACGCCAAUAUGGUGGAUUACUACAACCUUUGUCUACUACGGGCUGUCCAUCAACUCCACCAGUCUCUCGGAUACGAUGCAUUUGAAUUAUAUUUUGACGUGUGCCAUAGAAAUUCCUGGCUACUUUACUGCAGUUCUCGUGUUGGACAGAAUUGGCAGAAAGGCUACACUAUCCACUGGUUAUUUCCUCAGCGCAGCUUGCAAUAUCGUUUUCGUGUUUAUUCCUAAUGAAAUGACUGUAGUUCGCCUUAUAAUCUUCCUGCUGGGCAAGUUUGGCAUUUCGGUGGUGAUGACGUCGGUGUACCUGUUCACGUCAGAGCUGUACCCCACGGAAUUCCGCCACACUCUGCUAGCGUUCUCCUCCAUGAUUGGACGCGUGGGAUCUAUCACGGCGCCCCUUACUCCAGUUCUUAUGGAUUACUGGCACGGUAUCCCAUCAAUGAUGUUCGGUGUGAUGGGAAUUCUCUCCGGCCUGCUGGUACUCACUCAACCUGAGACGCUGGGCACCAAGAUGCCUGACACACUGGCUGAAGCUGAAGCUCUCGGCAGACCGGAGUCGAAGCUACAUCGAAACAGCUGA